AAAAGAGAAUAAAUAAAAGCAUAAAAAAAAUAAAUUCAAGUCUCUAUUUUUCCCUCUUCUCUCUCUCUUUUUUUUUUCUUUUUCUUUUUCUUUAAAAAUAAUAAUAAUAAUAAUAUGCUUGGCCGAUCUACUUUUAAACUUUUAUCUCGUCGUAAUGUCGUUGCCUUUGGUGCAGUAGCUGCUACUGGGGGUGCAUUAUUUUUACACUCCAACAAUCAAGUGCAUGCUGAAUCUAAUAAAUUAAAAUUCUGGCAAAGUUUACCUGGAGAAAACAAGCCUGAAAAUCCUGGUCUUGCUAAAUUAAGAGGUAUGGCUGCUGAACAACGAUUUAGAACUUCAUUAGCUCAAAAUAAUGGUAAAACCGAUUUUGAUGUUGUUAUUGUGGGUGGUGGUAUAAUUGGCUUAGCUACAGCAAGAGAAUUAUUAAAACGAUUUCCAAAUAUGACAGUAGCUGUCUUGGAAAAGGAAAGAGAGGUUGCUGCUCAUCAAACAGGUCAUAACAGUGGUGUUAUUCAUGCUGGUAUCUAUUAUAAGCCUGGUUCUCGUAUGGCCAAAACUUGUGUACGUGGAGCUGAUCUCAUGUACGAAUAUUGUAAACAAAAUCAAUUACCCGUCGAACGUUGUGGUAAAUUAAUUGUUGCUGUAAAUUCUGAAGAGCAUAAACAAGUUGAAAGAUUAAUGGAAAUUGCUACAUUAAACGGAGUAAAAGAUCUUCAGAUCCUUAAUAGCGAGGAGAUUAAGAAAUUGGAACCUAAUGUAGUUGCCUAUUCCGCUUUGUAUUCUCCUAAUACUGGUAUUACUGAUUUUGGUCUUGUUGCUCAAUGUAUUGCUAACGAAAUUAUGCAAACUGGUCGUGCUGAAGUUAAACUUGCCUUUGAAGCUCAAAAAUUUCAUCCUAGGUCUGAUGGUAGAAUAGAGAUUUGGGGAGGAGAACCUAAUCAAAGAGGACCUACACUCAAAGUUACAGCCAAGAAUAUCAUUACUUGUGCAGGAUUUUAUUCUGACCGAGUUGCAGGACUUGCAGGAGGUAACCCUAAUCGAGCCAAGGUUGUCACCUUCCGAGGCACCUAUUACCAAUUGAAACCAGAAUACCGUGGUAUAUGUCGUAUGAAUGUUUACCCUGUUCCAAGUGGUGGCGGUAUCCCUGUUGGUGUCCAUUUCACACCGACAGUGAAUACUCGUCGAGGCAUCCAAAUGAUUAUCGGUCCUGGUGCUUGCUUAACGUUUGCUCGUGAAGGAUAUACAUUUACUGACUUUAAGCUUGAAGAUAUGUGGACCUCCUUAACCAACUGGAACUUGUGGAUGUUUGCCUUAAAGAACCCCUCUUUAUCAUUAGGUGAACUCUACAAGGAUAUGAAUAAACGUGCCUUCUUACGUGCUGCUCAAGCAUAUGUGCCUAACCUGACUGAGGAUAUGGUUGAAGAAAGUUUUGCAGGUGUGAUGGCACAAGUAUUUGAAAAUGGAGGUAUUGCAGCUAAUGAUUAUAUUCUUGAACGUAAAGUGAUGGAUGGUAAGAUUCUUUGUGUCCGUAAUGCACCUACUCCUGCAUGUACAGCUUCUUUAGCCAUUGCUGAAAUGUUAAUUGAUAUUGCUACUGAAGAUUUUAAAUGGGAUUCUAGUAAGAAGGAGCGAGAUAACAUAAAUAAUAUGCUAGUACCCAAAAAGCAACAACUUGCUGUUGCUGCUUAGAUUAUAAUACAUACUUAUAUUCCAUUUUUCUUUUCUUUUUCUUUUUUUUUCUAUACUAUAUUUAUAUAAAUCUAUAUUUAUGUAAAUGAACAUACAGUCG